UUCAUUUAGGUUACGGAGUAUUGACAUCUGACGUCAGGAACCUAAAAAAAAAAAAAAAAAGAAGAGCCGUAAUGGCAGAAAACAAUUUCCCACCUCUGCCCCGCUUCAUUCCCCUGAAGCCAUGCUUUUACCAAGACUUCAAUGAGAUCCCAGAGCAACGCCGCACCAUGUGCAAACGCUUGUACUACCUCUGGAUUUUGAACAGUGCUACGUUGGCGGUGAAUCUGAUUGGCUGUCUUGCAUGGAUGUGCGGUGGGGGCGGGGCCACUAACUUUGGAAUGGCUAUAUUGUGGCUUAUUCUCUUCACACCUUGCUCUUAUGUGUGCUGGUUCCGACCCAUCUACAAAGCUUUUAAGACUGACAGCUCUUUCAACUUCAUGGCGUUUUUCUUUGUAUUCGUGGCUCAGGUUGUGAUCAGUAUUAUCCAGACAGUGGGCAUCCCAGGCUGGGGAGUCUGUGGGUGGCUGGCCACCAUCACAUUCUUCAGCACUAAUAUCGGCUCUGCUGUGGUCAUGCUGAUUCCCACUAUUAUGUUCACAGCUGUCGCUGUGCUAUCUUUCAUCGCCCUCACCAAGGUCCAUAACUUCUACCGUGGCAGUGGAGGGAGCAUGAGCAAGGCCCAGGAGGAAUGGGCAACGGGUGCUUGGAAAAACCCCCAUGUACAACAAGCAGCUCAGCAGGCGGCUAUGGGUGCAGCCCAGGGGGCAAUGCAGGGCCAAGAGUACUCAGCCCCUCCUACUUACAACUAUAAUGACCCCAUGUAAUGUGUAUUUAGUAGGAAAUAGUUAGGGGUGUUCGGCUUGUUUUAUACUUGACACAUGACUAUGCUUGUGUGUGUGUGCAUGUGUGGACUCAACAGCAAUGUAAGUGAACAAACAACAUCCAAGUCACAUCAGAUGGCAUGUCAGUGCCAAAACAUACCUGUCCAUCAGGUUUCCAUGUUGUAUACAAAAUAGACUUUUCUUUUUCCUGUAGUAGGGAAAUUGAUUCGUGUUAAUGCACAAAAGUGGUCUAGAAUAGUAUCUAAGUGUGCUAUUUGAGACACAACUCUAGUUUGUUCAGUCUAUGGCAGAAACUAUGUUACAUUGCACUAUACUGCCUACACUAUUUAGGUUGUGCUUUGAACACUUGCCUGCAUCAACAAUCACUGAACCACAUGCAUACAAACAUGCACAAUCAAUGCGCCAAAUAAAUGCAGGAUAUGGCUGGAUGCCAUCUUUCAUACACGUGCAUAGUUAAAAGCAAGUAUAAACCCGGCUUUGUAAGGGUAUUAGGGAGGCGUUUAACAUAAAAGCAUUAAAGCAAAUAACUGACCAGUUUCAUUUUAAACAACAAUGCAUAAAACAUUUCCUCAGUUGUGUAUGGUUGUGUGAAGUAUCGUUUUUUUUGUUCUCAGGACUAGGGUUUCUCAGCUCUUACCCUGGAGGCCCACUGCCCUGCAGUUUCAUGUUCCUUUCUCCAAACACACCUGAUUCGGCUCAGAAGCUAAACAUCAAGCCUCCUGCAGGUUGACUCAAGAAUGUUUGGGAGAAGGGAAAGCAUGAAAGUGGGACAAUGGGCCUCCAGGACAUGAGCUGAGAUAUGCUACUCUUGACCCUACCAGUAAUAGAUUGUGUCUUUGCAGUAUCAAGACAUUUGUAAUGGCUGUAUUCUAUUCCCCCCCCCAAAGUAUGACUUAAUUGAGUAAACAUUCCGUUGUGUUUAUGUAGUAUUAGAGCCCUUGAUGAGCCAUCUGUAUCUUUGUAUUUCUAUAUGGUUAUUUGACGUUAAAUCAGAUAAAGGCUAACACUAGGAGUAAUAACUGUAAAUAAAUUUCAGUGAUUUAUGUGAAAUAACUUAGUAAUAAAUACAGCAAGUGACACAGUUCCUUUUGCAUUUCAGUUGAUGAGCCAGUCUUUAUCCAGCAUCAUAAUUUGCCUUAUAGUAGGUC